CUGCCAGCGACUUGUCAGGAGAUACGUGCUCAGAGUGCUGCUUCACAGUUGCUCGAUGGCAACUACACGGUGCUGCUAGAUGGAUUCCCACUUAUCGUCUAUUGCCAUCAGAUGAACGAAACAAUCCCGAAGUCUUACAUCAAUUUAAAUGCGGAAACGAAUUUUGCUGAGGUUUACGGAAAGCGCUUGAUAUACCCACAUACUUGUCCAUUCAACGGUGAAAGGAACGAUUCAUGUCAGUGUUCUGACGAUGGAGAUGCAAAUGCCGGCUUGACUCAUUUCCACAAAGUUCGUGUCGAUCUGCUCAACCGGAAAAUCAACAUUAACGAUAUGGCUUUCUCCAACACACUCUACGGUUCAUUUGUACCGUACGGUACGGCUGGUGAUUGCUACAGCAUGAAGGAUUGUCCUCAGGGUCGAUUCUCUAUAGAUCUCCGUGGAACGGGGUUGAGAAUUGUUGACGAUUUACAGUGGGAAGACAAAGGGCAUCGAACCACGUCAAGAAUUGACAGAUCACAGAAUAACGCCGUAAUCGAUGGACGAUGUGGUGGUUACUGUGGCAAGUGUGCUCCCGACAAGUACAAAGGACUCGUGUUCAGCAUAGAUCAGAAACAACUGGUCGCUGACGGCAGCUGA